AUGGCGGCUGUUGAUGAUUUGGUACCUGGUCUUACCUCUUCCUUGGCAAUUUCAGAAUAUGAAUCAGUGGAGGUUGUCGGGUUAGAGGAUCUGGGAAACUUGAAGGCUGAACGGUUUUUGCUUGUUGGGAAGUUGCUCACUUCAAAGGCGUUUCAUAAGGAGGCUUUAUUUGGCACGUUGAAGAGGAUUUGGCAUACAAGGGAGGAGUUCACUGCGGUGCCUCUGAACGACCCCAAGAGGUUCCUGUUCUCUUUCAAAUCAGAUUUCGAUCGGAAGAAGGUGAUGCGGGGCUCCCUUUGGACUUUUGAUAGGGCGUUGUUGCUACUGACGAGCACUGAUGGUGAAGUGGAUCCUAUGUCCGUUUCGGUGGAUUCGUAG